AUGCAAGUCGAGGUGCUAACUGACGAAGACGGUUUGAAAGGUGCUUGGUUUGCUGCAACAAUUAUUGAACCUUCGGGUGAAGACAAGUACCUUAUUGAGUACAAAACCCUGAGGAAUGAUGAUGAUACUGAGUUUCUCAGAGAAGACAUUCGUGCUUGCAACAUAAGGCCUUGUCCGCCGGAGAUCAUUGUUGUGGAUGGAUUCAAGGUGUUGGAUGAAGUAGAUGCUUACUACAACGAGGGCUGGUGGGUUGGCGUGAUUGAAAAGGUCUUGAUCAACUCCAAUUACGUGGUUAACUUUAUAGAGUAUGAUGAGAAGACAACGUUCAAUCAGGCUGAUUUGAGGCCACAUCAGGACUGGUUAAACGGCCAAUGGGUUGUUCCUUCAGAUGUCUGA